CCCGCCCCCCGAGGCGGCAGCGCAGCGUCCUCCCAGGCUGGACCGCUCUCUGGUGGCCGCCUCUCGCAGUCUGCAUCCUCCGUAGGCGUCGGUCCCUGGGCACGUGUGGACUGGAGUGUGCCCUCAACUGGAUCAGUUGACAGAGCACCUUUUCCUUACCAUAGAAGAGAGUACGAGGCUUGCGACUUACCUUUUCACUGCACUCUUUGGCAUUUAUCUGAACAUCUUUGCAGUUUUUAGAAGAAACGGAGGAGGUACAGCACAUGAACUCUGCCCCAGCUCUUCUAACCUGCUCACUCUCGGCUCUUGGUUUGAAAACUCACACUGCAUAUCAAGACCAGGCAUGGAGACUACAGAGGAAAGCAGAAACUAAGCAGGAAAACACUGUAGGUUACAGUGUAACCUCCGAGGCUGUAAUACUUGUAUCCUCAAGUACCAGGGAUUGACUCACAGCCUCGAGCUUCCCAGGCAAGCGCUUAUGCCACUGAGCUAAAUCCCAGCCUCUCCACCCAGAUUUUUCAAAUUGUUUUAUUUAUUUAAAUUUUUUUGAAGUUGGGCGUGGUGGCCCAUGCCUGUAAUCCCAGCACUUGGGAGGCUGAGGCAGGAGAGUCAUUGCAAAUUUGAGAUCAGCUUUGGCUACAAAGUGAACUCAAGACCAGCCUGAACUGCAUAGAGACGUUCUGUCUCAAAAGACAAAAAACAAAUUUUUUUUUUUUUCCUGAGGCAGAAUCCCUAUAUAGUGCAAGCUGGCCUUGUACUCACUUAAGUAGCCCAGGCUGGCCUCAAAUUCAUGGCAAUCUUCCUGCCUCAGCCUCCUGAGUGCUGGGGUUACAAAUGUGUGCCACCACAUCUGGCUCUGCCAAGUUUAAAACUGAGAUUUAAACAAAACAAAACAAAAAAAGCUUGAGAAUAUUCUGCUAAGAAGUGAGGAAGUGAGAGAAAGAAUAUCAUUAUUUUUUGGCCCCUUAAUGAAUUAGUGAGUAUAACCUCACCAGACACCAGGUAUCCUUUGAUGGGAGAAUCCAACACCAUCCAUAAAAUUGUCUUACCAGAACAACCACCAACCAACCAAAAACUCCAGGCAGAAUCUGGUCACGUUUCUUUAUUUAGCUACCAAUUUAUAAGACCAAUAUGGAUGAGAGGUGCACACUCUGGGAAUACCACCAGCACAAGGAUAUGUAGGAUCAAUAAUCUGCUUUCUUCAACAGCAAGGUCAGGACAUCUUUGCCUAGCUCACUCUAGCAAGAAGCAGUGUGAUGUAUGGAUCGUGAGCUUUCUCAAGCAAGUUAGACUCUAUAAAGCACAGGGAGGCGCCAGGACUGGGAUGGAAGAACUGGUACCAGUGGAAGGCCAGGGCCAGCUCCCAAGCCCCCACCUGGGCUCUCUAAGGAGGGCCGUAGCUGCUGCCCUGGCCCUGGAUGGGGAAUCCACCAUGGGUCGCAAGAAAAAGAAGAAAGAGUCCCGCCCAGAAUCCAUUAUUGUCUAUCGGUCUGACAAUGAGAACAUGGAUGAGGAGCCUGAGGAAUCAGAAGGUGGAGAUCAGCCUAAAGAGGAGGAGGGAGAGGAUUUCCUAGACUAUCCCAUGGAUGAUGAUAUGUGGAACAUGCCUUCCGACAGCCGCUAUGUCACAUUAACUGGGACCAUCACACGAGGGAAGAAAAAGGGGCAGAUGGUGGACAUUCAUGUCACAUUGACAGAGAAGGAGCUGCAGGAACUGACCAAGCCCCAAGAGUCAUCACGAGAAACGGCACCUGAAGGAGGAAAAGCCUGCCAGGCAGCUGUUGUGCUAUGUGUGGAUGUAGGCUUUGCCAUGAGUAACUCUUUUCCUGGUGAAGAAUCCCCAUUUGAACAAGCAAAGAAGGUGAUGACCAUGUUUGUCCAGCGACAGGUGUUUGCAGAGAGCAAGGAUGAGAUUGCUCUGGUCUUGUUUGGUACAGAUGGCACUAACAAUGCACUUGCUGCUGGGGACCAGUACCAGAACAUCACAGUGCAUAGACACCUGAUGCUGCCUGAUUUUGAUUUGCUGGAGGACAUUGACAGCAGGAUCCAACCAGGUUCUCAACAAGCUGACUUUCUGGAUGCACUGAUUGUGUGUAUGGAUGUGAUUCAGCGUGAAACUGUGGGAAAGAAGUUUGAGAAGCGGCACAUUGAAGUGUUCACUGACCUCAGCAGCCCAUUCAGCAAAGAUCAGCUGGAUAUUAUAAUUCAUAAUUUAAAGAAAUCUGGCAUCUCCCUACAAUUCUUUUUGCCUUUCCCCAUUGGCAAGAAAGAUGGAACUGGAGACAGAGGAGAUGGCAACUUGCAGAUGGGUGACCAUGGGUCCUCUUUUCUUCAAAAAGGAAUCACUGAGCAGCAAAGAGAAGGUAUACAUAUGGUGAGGAAGAUGAUGCUGUCGUUAGAGGGCACCAAUGGGCUGGAGGAAAUUUAUUCCUUCAGUGAGAGUCUCAGACAACUGUGUGUCUUUAAGAAAAUUGAAAGGCAUUCCAUGCCCUGGCCCUGCCAACUGACCAUUGGCUCCAAUUUGUCUAUAAAGAUUGUAGCCUAUAAAUCGAUUGUACAGGAGAAAGUUAAAAAGACUUGGAUAGUUGUGGAUGCACGAACCCUAAAAAAAGAAGAUAUACAAAAAGAAACAGUUUAUUGUUUAAAUGAUGAUGAUGAAACUGAAGUUUCCAAAGAAGACACUAUUCAAGGGUUCCGCUAUGGAAGUGAUAUCGUUCCUUUCUCUAAAGUGGAUGAGGAACAAAUGAAAUAUAAAUCAGAGGGGAAGUGCUUUUCUGUUUUGGGAUUUUGUAGAUCUUCUCAGGUCCAAAGAAAAUUCUUUAUGGGAAAUCAAGUUUUAAAGGUCUUUCCUGCACGUGAUGAUGAAGCAGCAGCAGUUGCACUUUCCUCCCUGAUUCAUGCUUUGGAUGAAUUAGACAUGGUGGCCAUAGUUCGGUACGCUUAUGACAGAAGAGCUAAUCCCCAAGUUGGUGUGGCUUUUCCUUUUAUCAAGGAGGCCUAUGAGUGUUUAGUGUACGUGCAACUGCCUUUCAUGGAAGACUUGCGGCAAUACAUGUUUUCAUCCCUGAAAAAUAAUAAGAAAUACACUCCCACGGAGGCACAGUUGGAUGCUGUGGAUGCUUUUAUUGACUCUAUGAGUUUAAUAGAGAAAGAUGAAGAGGAAGACACUAUCAAAGACUUGUUUCCAACUGCCAAAAUCCCAAAUCCUGAAUUUCAGAGAUUAUUUCAGUGUCUGCUGCACAGAGCUUUACAUCCCCAGGAACCUCUGCCUCCAAUCCAGCAGCAUAUUUUGAGUAUGCUGGAUCCCCCAACUGAGGUGACAGCAAAGUGUGAGAUUCCUCUCUCCAAAAUAAAGACCCUGUUCCCUCUGACUGAAGCCAUCAAGCGAAAGGACCAAGUAACUGCUCAGGAAAUUUUCCAAGACAACCUGGAAGAGGGACUGACCAUUAAAAAACAAAAAACUGAGGAAGGGGAAGCCCAGUUCAGUGUCUCUAGCCUGGCUGAAGGCAGUGUCACCAAGGUUGGGAGUGUGAAUCCUGCUGAAAACUUCCGUGCACUGGUGAGACAGAAGAAUGCUAGCUUUGAGGAAGCAAGUCACCAGCUAGUAAACCACAUUGAGCAGUUUUUGGAUACAAACGAAAUACCUUAUUUUAUGAAGAGCUUGGACUGCAUCAAAGCCUUCCGGGAAGAAGCCAUUAAGUUUUCAGAAGAACAGCGCUUUAACAGUUUCCUGAAAGCCCUUCGAGAGAAAGUGGAAAUUAAACAGUUAAAUCAUUUCUGGGAAAUCGUUGUUCAAGAUGGAAUUACUCUGAUCAGCAAAGAUGAAGCUUCUGGGAGCUCUGUCACAUCUGAGGAAGCCAAAAAGUUUCUGGCUCCCAGCAAGAAAGGAGAUGAAGAUACUGCAGCUGUAUUGGAAGAAGGCGGUGAUGUGGAGGACUUACUGGACAUGAUGUAGGUCAUGGACAUGUGAAUCCCAGAACCGUUAUCCUCUUGAUGCUGGAACUCUGAUAGAAAAACCUGGAGGAGGCUGUCCCAAGAACCAGAGCUUUGGAGAUCAUCCCAGCAAGUUGCUUGAAAGUGACUCACCCUGAGUCUCUGGAGACAUGUGUUUAGACCCUGUUCAAGUUUAUAAAGUCAUUGUUAUUUUCUGA